GCAGCCUGUGUUGUUGAUUGGAAGUGCAUUUUCAUCUUAGACACAGUUAGAAUGGGCCGUGUGGUCUGGAAGGGGGUGGAAGUAGGGAGGAGGAGAUGCUGUGAGCAGAGUUCUUGAAGCUCCACUCCUUUGGGGAAGCCGAGCAGUGAGGGAGCGUUCUUACUGAGCAGAGAGCCUGCGACUUGGGAAGGAUCCUGAUACCUAGCUGCCUAGUCCCAGUUCCUCUCCGGAAAAGCAGUUGCUCUCCCUUCAGAGAUGCGCCCAGCCUUCGCCUGCAUCACACUGCAUGGUUUAAUGUGUUAUUGAAACUACAAACUUACAGCCACGGUGGUUUCAUGUUGACAGAUCGCAUAUUUUGAAAGCUUGAGGUAUUUUAUUAUAAAACAUGCCUGGUGGAAAAUUUAAAGCAUAGGAUUCUGCCAAACACCUGGAUAAAGAAUUCCUCACCUGGUAUGUUAGAGAACUCGACACCAUCACCAUGACAAACCAGGAAAAGUGGGCCCACCUGAGCCCCUCAGAAUUUUCUCAACUUCAGAAAUAUGCUGAGUAUUCUACAAAGAAAUUAAAGGAUGUUCUUGAAGAAUUCCAUGGUAAUGGUGUGCUUGCAAAGUAUAAUCCAGAAGGGAAACAAGACAUUCUUAACCAAACAAUAGAUUUUGAAGGUUUCAAGCUAUUUAUGAAGACGUUCUUAGAAGCCGAGCUCCCCGAUGAUUUCACGGCGCACCUUUUCAUGUCGUUCAGCAACAGGUUCCCUCAUUCCAGUCCCAAUGUCAAAAGUAAGCCUGCUCUGCUUUCCGGGGGUCUGAGAAUGAACAAAGGCGCCAUCACACCCCCUCGUACUUCCCCUGCAAACACGUGUUCCCCUGAAGUAAUCCAUCUGAAGGACAUCGUCUGUUACCUGUCCCUCCUGGAAAGAGGACGACCUGAGGACAAACUGGAGUUUAUGUUUCGCCUCUAUGACACGGAUGGGAAUGGCUUCCUGGACAGCUCGGAACUAGAAAACAUCAUUAGUCAGAUGAUGCACGUCGCCGAGUACCUUGAAUGGGAUGUCACUGAACUUAAUCCAAUCCUUCAUGAAAUGAUGGAAGAAAUCGACUAUGAUCACGAUGGGACGGUUUCUCUGGAGGAAUGGAUCCAAGGAGGCAUGACAACAAUCCCGCUUCUUGUGCUCCUAGGCUUGGAAAACAACGUGAAAGAUGAUGGACAGCAUGUGUGGAGACUCAAGCACUUUAACAAACCUGCCUACUGCAAUCUCUGCCUGAACAUGCUGAUCGGGGUGGGGAAGCAGGGCCUCUGCUGCUCCUUUUGCAAGUACACAGUGCACGAGCGCUGUGUGGCCAGAGCGCCUCCUUCUUGCAUCAAGACCUACGUGAAGUCCAAGAAGAACACUGACGUCAUGCACCAUUACUGGGUGGAAGGCAACUGCCCAACCAAGUGUGAUAAGUGCCAUAAAACCGUCAAGUGUUACCAGGGCCUCACUGGACUGCAUUGUGUUUGGUGUCACAUCACACUGCAUAAUAAAUGUGCUUCUCAUCUAAAACCUGAAUGUGACUGCGGGCCCUUGAAGGACCACAUUUUGCCACCCACAACAAUCUGUCCAGUGGUACUGACUCUGCCCACUUCAGGAGGUUCAGUCCCUGAGGAAAGACAAGUGACAGUGAAAAAGGAAAAGGGUGGCUCCCAGCAGCCGAACAAAGGGACUGACAAGAACAAAAUGCAGAGAGCCAACUCAGUUACUGUGGAUGGGCAAGGUCUGCAGAUCACUCCUGUUCCUGGCACCCAUCCGCUUUUAGUUUUCGUAAACCCCAAAAGUGGCGGGAAGCAAGGAGAAAGAAUUUACAGAAAAUUCCAAUAUCUACUAAAUCCUCGUCAGGUUUACAGUCUUGCUGUAAAUGGACCAAUGCCAGGGUUAAACUUUUUCCGUGACGUCACUGACUUCAGAGUGCUCGCCUGCGGGGGAGACGGGACCGUGGGGUGGAUUUUGGACUGCAUAGAAAAGGCUAAUGUAGUCAAGCACCCUCCAGUUGCCAUUCUGCCUCUUGGGACCGGUAAUGAUCUAGCAAGAUGCCUGCGAUGGGGAGGAGGUUAUGAAGGUGAAAAUCUGAUGAAAAUCCUAAAAGACAUUGAAAACAGCACUGAAAUCAUGUUGGACAGGUGGAUGUUUGAAGUCAUCCCCAACGAUAAAGAUGAGAAGGGAGACCCAGUGCCUUACAGCAUCAUCAAUAAUUACUUUUCCAUUGGCGUGGACGCCUCCAUUGCACACAGAUUCCACAUCAUGAGAGAAAAACACCCAGAGAAAUUCAACAGUAGAAUGAAGAACAAAUUUUGGUAUUUUGAGUUUGGCACAUCUGAAACUUUCUCAGCCACCUGCAAGAAGCUACAUGAAUCUGUAGAAAUAGAAUGUGAUGGAGUACAGAUAGACUUAAUAAACAUCUCUCUGGAAGGAAUUGCUAUUUUGAAUAUACCAAGCAUGCAUGGAGGAUCCAAUCUUUGGGGAGAGUCUAAGAAAAGAAGAAGCCAUCGCCGGAUAGAGAAAAAAGGGGCUGACAAAAGGACCACACUCACGGAUGCCAAAGAGUUGAAGUUUGCAAGUCAAGAUCUGAGCGAUCAGCUGCUGGAGGUGGUUGGCUUGGAAGGAGCCAUGGAGAUGGGGCAAAUAUACACAGGACUAAAGAGUGCCGGGCGGCGGCUGGCGCAGUGCUCCUCUGUGGUCAUCAGGACUAGCAAGUCGUUGCCGAUGCAGAUCGACGGGGAACCCUGGAUGCAGACCCCGUGCACAAUAAAAAUUACACACAAGAACCAAGCCCCGAUGCUGAUGGGUCCUCCUCCAAAAACUGGGUUGUUCUGCUCCCUCGUCAAAAGAACAAGGAACAUAAGCAAGGAAUAACCGCAUAUUGUUUCCAUUCUCAGACCUAAUUAGCAUAUUUGGGCCAUGGAACACUUACGCUGGGAAUCUUUGAAUCAUUUCAACUCUCCUGCUCAUGCAAAAUCAUGGAAUUCGUCUAAAAUUCAUCUAACAGUUUUUGUUACUGAGUUAAUGUAAAAUUCAUCUAUUAGAAAAUUUGUCUCAGUUUUUACAGACAUCUAUGCAUGAAGAAAGCAGAAGUUUACAUGAAGUGAUAUUGCAAAUUUUUGUUGCAUGCAUUCCCAUAGAUUUUUAUGUCUCCUACCCAUUCCUCCUGCAAUUUCCAUUUCCUAUCUGUGAUAAAAAAAAACAAACUUGUAAACAUAAAAAAGGAUACCAAGGGGAAUGUGAUUCUCAGUGUGAUGUCAGUUAUCAGUAAGCACUGAUGAGUAAUGCUAUGUGAUCAAAACUGCAGAUUGCUCUACUUCUCUCCCUUUUAGAGUCAGUGUAUCAAUAGUCUUUGGCCUAUGACUUGAGGAGAAAAUUUUAACUGAAAGAUUUUAUUAAAUAGUUGUAUAUGAUACCUUGCUGUAUCUAAGUAAUUUUUCUUUAACUUCUUAGUGCUUCUGAGUGGAACUUAAAAUAUCAGGCAUAAAAUUUUCUUGUGCUGAAAAAUAGAAAGUGGUCUUUAUUUUGUUUAGCUUUGUGUUUAAUUCCAGAAAUAAGUGAAAACAUGUUACUUCGCAGUGAAGUGUGGUAAUAUGACAAGCCUUAUUCCUUUCUGCAUGUAAUCCUAGGAGAUUAUUCAUAAUCACACCAGUAACCAAAUAGAUGUUUUAAACUACGUGCCUAAUAAACUGUGUUUCCCACCAAAGAUUCAGAAAAAGAUGCGUGAGAGAAAUGUUUUAAUGCAUAAUUAAUUGGGGAGAAAAUUUAUGGCUCUUAUGAUUAAUUUUUUGAUGACUAAAACUCUGGAAGAGAGUGAAUUACCAAUUAAUUAUAAUUAAAAUUCUCACCUUUCAGAGACAGGCCAUACAACACAAUCAAAGCUCAGUAUUACUAACUUAACAAGGGUUAGAUAUAAAAAGCUGAGUUCUUGCUCUUUUUUUAUUUUUUUGGUCUUUUAUAAAUAUAAGUGUCUAUUAUCGGUAAUAGAUCAUUCAGUAUACUUAAGAAAGUAAAUGAUUGUAUCAGCUCCUUUCUUAUAUAAAUUGGUGCCUGUAAUGAUCCUGAGCUCAUGGAAGCAAGUAAUGCCCCCUCACCUGCUCCACUGCCAUCUCUAUGACAUUUCAAAUGUUUAUUUGCAAAUAAUGGCCUCAAUCAUUGUUUAAGAUACUCAUGGCAUGGUUGGAUUCUCUGACUGUUUAAAGAAAUUGUGGAAUAGUCCUUUUCUUACUGUUUCAUUUAUUCUGUGAUACAAACAGAAACGCUUUCCUGAGCAAUUUGGUAUUGUUCAUUCAUAUUGACCUGCAUCUCAUCAUCGCAUGUUUUGCAUUUUCAAACAUGCCACAAGGAAGAUAAGUGUUUGAAAUGCAUGAUUUAUUAGUUUCUCCCUCCACUCUGCAUUAAAGUACUAAUGAUUUAUCAGUUCUGUUUUUUUAUUGAUUCAUUCAUCUUUGAAUAACAAAUAGCAUUUAGUGAUUCUGUUGAACACAAUCCUGUGCAUGGAUUUAUGGAUUUCAAGUAAAAUUGCUAUAAUUUCUGUUCUUUGCUUUGAAAACUCAACUGAGUGCUUUAUAUCAAAUAGCUACUCUCAAGAAAUGUGCUAUAAGGAAAGAUUAUGUAUAAAGCAUAUUCUUUUAGUGUUCCAGGAACAUUAAAUGGUAAAUAUCAAUCAACAAUAAAUUUAACUGCUUUGAAAAUAAAAGCUUUUGAAUUAAGACAUAAUUUAGCAUUCCCAGGAAAAUUAUUAUUAUAAUUAUAAUUAUAAUUAUAAAUGUAGUGCCAUGAUUGC